AUGAUUCCUGUGCACCACUUUCCCUAUUUACCUGAUCUUACUCUGAGCAACUUAUCUUUUUGGUUUCCCUGGAUGAAAAAAAGUCCUCAAAGGGAAACGCUUUGCCAGUGUAGAAGAGGUGAAACAGAAACAGCAGAAGCACUAAAAGGCAUCAAAAUUGACAAGCUUAAAAACUCUUCUGACCAGUGGAUAAAGCAUCUUGAUAGGUGUGUUGCAUCAAACAGACCAUUCCAUCCUAUGGUGAAUCUGGAUUGUUCUCGGGAUUUCCGGCCAUUUCUUUGUGCCCUCUAUGCUCCUAUUUGUAUGGAAUAUGGACGUGUCACACUUCCCUGUCGGAGGCUGUGUCAGCGGGCUUACAGCGAGUGUUCAAAACUCAUGGAAAUGUUUGAUGUUCCUUGGCCUGAAGACAUGGAGUGCAGUAGGUUCCCAGAUUGUGAUGAGCCAUAUCCUCGACUUGUGGAUCUGAAUUUAGUUGGAGAUCCAACUGAAGGAGCCCCGGCAGCAGUGCAGAGGGACUAUGGUUUUUGGUGUCCCCGAGAAUUGAAAAUUGAUCCUGAUCUUGGUUAUUCUUUUUUGCACGUGCGGGAUUGUUCACCUCCUUGUCCAAAUAUGUACUUUAGGAGAGAAGAACUGUCAUUUGCUCGCUAUUUCAUAGGAUUGAUUUCAAUCAUUUGCCUCUCUGCCACACUGUUUACUUUUUUAACUUUUUUGAUUGAUGUCACAAGAUUCCGUUAUCCUGAGAGGCCUAUUAUAUUUUAUGCAGUCUGCUACAUGAUGGUAUCACUAAUUUUCUUCAUUGGAUUUUUGCUUGAGGAUCGAGUAGCCUGCAAUGCAUCUAGCCCUGCACAGUAUAAGGCUUCCACAGUGACACAAGGAUCUCAUAAUAAAGCCUGUACCAUGCUUUUUAUGGUACUCUAUUUUUUUACUAUGGCUGGCAGUGUAUGGUGGGUAAUUCUUACCAUCACGUGGUUCUUAGCAGCUGUACCAAAGUGGGGUAGUGAAGCUAUUGAGAAGAAAGCAUUGCUAUUUCACGCCAGUGCAUGGGGCAUCCCCGGAACUCUAACCAUCAUCCUUUUAGCGAUGAAUAAAAUUGAAGGUGACAAUAUUAGUGGCGUGUGUUUUGUUGGCCUCUACGAUGUUGAUGCAUUGAGAUAUUUUGUUCUUGCUCCCCUCUGCCUGUAUGUGGUAGUUGGGGUUUCUCUCCUCUUAGCUGGCAUUAUUUCCCUAAACAGAGUUCGAAUUGAGAUUCCAUUAGAAAAGGAAAACCAAGAUAAAUUAGUGAAGUUUAUGAUCCGGAUUGGUGUUUUCAGUAUUCUUUAUCUCGUACCACUCUUGGUUGUUAUUGGAUGCUACUUUUAUGAACAAGCGUACCGUGGCAUCUGGGAAACAACAUGGAUACAAGAACGCUGCAGAGAAUACCACAUUCCAUGUCCAUAUCAGGUUACUCAAAUGAGUCGUCCAGACCUGAUUCUCUUUCUGAUGAAAUACCUGAUGGCUCUCAUAGUUGGUAUUCCCUCCAUUUUUUGGGUUGGAAGCAAAAAGACAUGCUUUGAAUGGGCCAGCUUUUUUCAUGGUCGUAGGAAAAAAGAGAUAGUGAACGAGAGUCGUCAGGUACUCCAGGAACCUGAUUUUGCUCAGUCUCUCCUGAGGGAUCCAAAUACUCCUGUCAUAAGAAAGUCAAGGGGAACUUCCACUCAAGGAACAUCCACACAUGCUUCUUCAACUCAGCUGGCUAUGGUGGAUGACCAAAGAAGCAAAGCAGGGAGUGUCCACAGCAAAGUGAGCAGCUACCACGGCAGCCUCCACAGGUCACGUGAUGGCAGGUACACACCCUGCAGUUACAGAGGAAUGGAGGAGAGACUACCUCAUGGCAGCAUGUCGCGACUAACGGAUCACUCCAGGCAUAGUAGUUCUCAUCGGCUCAAUGAACAGUCAAGACACAGCAGCAUCAGAGAUCUCAGUAAUAAUCCCAUGACUCACAUCACACAUGGCACCAGCAUGAAUCGGGUUAUUGAAGAAGAUGGAACCAGUGCUUAAUUUGUCUUGUCUAAGGUGGAGAACGUGUGCUGUUUAAAAAGCAGAUUUUAUUCUUUGCCUCUGCAUGACUGAUUGCUGUAACUCAUUGCUAUCGUGCUUUCAGUCAGGUCCAGAUUGUGUCCGUUGGAAAGGUAAAUCUUUGCUUUUUAUAUUGCAUCAAACUUGAAACAUCAAGACAUCCAAAAUACUAAGGAUUAAAUCAUCACAAAAAUAAUUCAUCUUUCUAGGUUAUGAAGAGAUAAUUAUUUGUCUGGUAAACAUUUUAUAAACCCACUUCUUUUAUAUUUAGAAAAAUCCUCAAUAUGUGGUGACUGCUUUGUAGUGAACUUUCAUAUAAUAUGAACUGGUUGUGAGAUAACAUUCUGGUAGCUCCGUUAAUAAAACAAAAUUUCAGAA